AGAAGAAAGAAAUUUGAAUCGGCCCAUAGUUCGCCGAGUAAUCGGUUCUUGAAAGGACAACCUGGAAAGAAAUCUGUGAUGGAUGUGUAAUCGAAUUGCAAGAAAUUCUGAAGAAAGCGUUAUUGGUAGCUGAUGAGAUUAUCAGUAAGUUAGAAUUUUUGAUGAACAGUGAAGAGGGCUCGGAUCGAACAGCUUUGUUCGAGCCGUUGAUAUUUUGUAAAUGAUAGGGCACUGAUUCUGCAAGUGCAGCCGGAAAAUAUGUUUGCAAAAGCCACUUUUCAAUCAUGGUGAUCUUAUCAAGAAGGCAAGAGUGGAUCAGCUAAAAAAAUUAUUACCUUGGUGUGCAUUAAGCCAAAAAGAGAUAAAAGAUGGAUAAAACAACAUCUUUGUAUUGUCUACCAAUUGAAAGGACGUCUGCAUCGUCCUGUUGGACAUCGAUCCCUCGAUGUUGUUGUAACUGCCCACAGAUGUCUGGAAAUUCAAAUCCACGUGAACAAAACUGCAACAAAAACUUUCUGAAGUGUACUCCUUGGAGAAAAAAAUCACUUAUAAGAUCUACUUCAAGAUGGACUUUUCUGGGAUUAAAUUCGUGUUUGCUAAGACUUUUACUGCUAUUUUGGAGCCUAUCAAACACUGUUGGCAGUGUUUUCAGUGGAAUUAUAUCUGCAAAGGGUAUACCAAGGCUUAGACUGUGGUGGAUAUUACUGAUUGCCAGUUUGUUUGGCACAAUUUUGUUACCAGUUGUAUCAAGUCAAGAAAGUGUACAACCUAAACCAUCUGUGAAAAGCAAAGUGCUGCCUAAUGCGGUUGUCUAUGUUGGAUCUGUAUUUAGUUACAAUAUUUCUGAGGAUGUAUUCGAUUGCAAUGUGAACAGCAUUGUGGUUUCAGAAACAGCAGAUAGAUUUCUCUCACACUGGCUGUCAUAUAGCAGCAACAAGAAACAACUAUAUGGUGUUCCCUCAGAUAAAGAUAAGGGAACUUACAACAUCCUAGUUGUAGCUUUGACAAAGGACACUUCACUGGGCGGCCAUGUUUGUGGGUCACAGUCAUUUUCCAUUGUUGUUAUGUCUAUAAGUGAACAACUGCCAGUAUCAGUUCAUCUCAGCACUACAGGCUUUAGCAGCAAUGAUCACAAACCUGCUCUUGGUUUGUCGUGUCCUCCCAGAAUACAGGCAAUCCUGGGAACAGUGGAGUUGAACAUGGACAUACAAAGCCUUAAUGGGCAUCAGCGUAUGAUGUUAGUGGUUAAAAUGGCUGGCCAUCUCAGUGUGGACUCUAGCAAAUUAGGCUUCUUCUCAGGUGGGAUUUCCAACCCAAUAACACAACAACUAGACAAUCCCACUGUUAUAGCAGCUGGUGUGGGAGACGGUAGAUUUGCCAAAGGCAUAAGGAGUUUCAUAACCUGGAACAUGGCAUGUGGUGCAUUAAAGCUGACAGAUGUAGGUUUUUCAAAACUUGAAACUGCUGCUCAAGAUGGAACCAUUAGCACACUGAUGGGUGUCCCUGUGGUGGGGUGGCAUGUCUUGUCUGGAACUCAAAAAGACAUGGUACGACGCAGAGUUCGAAGACAAGCACAGGGGAUUUUUGCUAUUACCCCUACGCCCUCUGCAUCCAGUACCCCACCCUCAAGAUUGUCAAAUAUGUCCACUUUGGUCAUUGUCUCAAAAACUGUUACUUUAAAAUCUGCAAGCCAGAAUUCCACAACUUUACUUCCAAGUGUUACACCAAACAGAACUGUUACCAAAACCACAAGUGUUAGCAUCAACUCAACAUUGUUCAGUCAGUUAACAAUGAAAAGCAUUCAGUCUUCUACCACUGGCUUUAAUUUGACAGCGUCAAGCCUGCUAGUAAACAAAAGUAUGUCAUCAUCCUCCAGCAUACACUUCAACUUGACAGAAUCAAGUCAGCCACCAAACAAAACUGCUUUUGCAUCAUCUAGUCUAAUUUUCACAUCUUCUAGUGUUAGCAUCUAUCCAACAACUUCAAUUCAGUUUCCAAACAGGACUAUUUUCCCAUCUUAUAGUGUGAGCAUCAAUUUAACAACUUCAAGUAUUUUGCCAAACAGAACUAUAAUCCUAUCUCCAAGUGUAAGUGUUAGCUUGACAACAUCAAGCCAGUUACUCAGUGCCACAGUAUUCAAGUCUUCAAGUGCUGUCAAUAUAAACACCAGCAUAACAAGUAUCUUAACCUCUUCAAAGCUUCUGCUGACACUGAACAGUUCUUCUGCAUCACGUCCAACAAACAUCGUUUCUGCCAAUAGAACAAUAACUAUAUCAGAGAGUCAUACCCCAUCUCUGAAUUCAACAUUUGUCACAAGAACGCUGUCUUUUAUACUUAGUGCUUCUUCACCCAACAAAUCAACCAUUGUAUCAUCACAGAAUAGAUCAAUCUUGAGUUCGCUGACAAUGAUAACACUGAAUACAAGUCAAGCUGUAAUUUCCUCAACUACAGUUCCUUCAGCAUCCCAAGGAAACACUUCCAUAGCAGUGAGAGCAUCUUCACUGACUGCGUCUUUCAACAGAAGCACUUUAGUCACAUCUGUUAGUAUUUCAUCAAGUUUUCCAUCAGUUCUUACUACGCUUCAGUCAACUUUUCCAGCAACAUCCACGGCAAAGUUAAAUUCUUCAAUUCCAAAUGUGUCUUCAUUGACGUUAAUCACUCAAGCAACUGCGUCAGUGACUGUAGUUCCAAGUAGCUUUAUGCCUGUUGCUAACACAUCACUGCUUAUCACAAGUGCAGCCAGUCACACAAGUUUAUCCACUGUGAUAUCCACUACCAGCUCAAAUCUUUCAUCCAUGACAUCAAAGAGUACUUUCUUGGCUUCUUCAUCAAGUUUAAUUUUGCUUCCUCCAAAUACAACUUUGGUUGAAAAUUUAACAUCGUCUGCUAAGACAAGUGCCUUUGUAACAAGCAGCAUGGUAAUCUUGCCAUCAACUCCUCAACCAGGAAACUCCACCGAAUCAAAGGCAACUUCACCAAUGCCAACAUCAUCUUUGUUUACAAGCCUCGUUUCAUCAACAAUGAACAACACUGAGAUAUCAUUGGUCAAAACAAGUUCACUGGUCCCAUCAUUGUCAAGCACAUCUUCAGUGAUGUUGUCCAGUUCUGCAACACAGAUGUUAAGUCCUUCCAUGUUGCUUCUGAGUUCUACAAUAGCCAACCAGACAUCUGGGGUACAAAUCUUCUCAAGCAGUACCUUACAGCCCAAUCUCACUUCCUCAAAAACUGCUGUUCUGCCAUCAUCGAUGUCUUCACCUAUUGUAACAAAUGCAAGUGAGGUGACAUCUGUGAAUGCAACUACCACCAAGAGGACUGCAAUGGUGAAUUCAACAUUUGAAAUCAAUAGGUCAUCGUUUAUCGCCGUAACUACGUCGGCUUUUCCGUUAACAAGGACGAGUGGUACCCGAAGUUUUCCGAGCACCUUCUUCGCUAAUCGUAGUGUUGUCCCUACCAUCACUUCGAAAGGAAUUAAAAAAUCGAGUGUUAACAUUUCGUCCACUCCAAAAAUCACAACAACUGCGUUUGUAUUUAGCACAAUUUCACCAUUGAGCACUUCUCAGUUUACCAGCAUGUUUUCAAGCAUUGAUCUAAGACCGAACUUAACUAGAAUUACAGACUCAGAUUUUUCAUUGUCUGUAAAACGGACCACAAGCUCUGAAGUUCCUGUGAAUUCCACGAUUGCUUCAAGUACUAAAGGAAGUCCUACAGCGGUAUCAAGUGCUGUCACCAAAUCUAUGAACUCAACUCUCUCUGCAACAAGAACGACUUCAUCGGCAAUGUCUGUUGUUACCAGCUCAAGUGGACAUUUUAACGUUAAUUCCUCAUUGAUGCCGUCAGUGUUCUCCAGUGGCAAACCUAUCGUUGGAUCGUCUUCCACGUUGAUGGCAAAUUUAAGCAGUUCAGUUCCUGUGUUGGAUUCAAGUACCGCAUUUUCUGUUGUUUUUACCCCUGCAGACACCUCUGUAAUGAAUUUAACUACAACAGAGAUGUCAACUACCCAAAUCAGCCCUACAACUCUGUCGUCCAUACCCACUUCAAGUUCAGCAUCCUCACUUCUAAAUUCACAAGACCAGACAACUUUGCUUAGCAAAAGUGAUGUUAGUGAGUCCAGCAGAAUCGUGCAAAAUUCGACGACGUUGUUCGGCGCAAGCAGAACUGUUUCGAUGAAUUUCAGUUCUCUUUCGUCGACCUCUUCAUUAAGAAAAUCAACUACUGGAAUUGACAGCACAAUGUCACGAAUGUCCUCUGCCAUAAUUGUGGUAACCUCUACUGUGGUGUCACUACCCUCAAUCACAGUCAUUCCAACUUCUGUCACAAUCCCACCAGCAUCUGCCACAGAAAUACUACCUUCAACUACAGUCAUACCAACUUCUGCAACUGCGAUACCAACCUCCGUUACAGAUACUUUGAUUCUUUCCACGCACGUUACUCGCGGCACGCGUGUAGUGAACUCCAGCAGCAGACUUGACAGUGUUUUCAGCAGGACACCCAGCUCUGUCCAGACGAGUACCGCAGUCACACCCACGCCGGUGUACAGGACAACCAGCAUCUUGGAGACCAGUGGUUCACCCUCUUUCGCGUCACACAAUACAACGAAAAAGACUCUGAGAAGCACUGAAGUGAUAGUGAACUCGUCCUUUACACCCAGUUACUCAAUGGUUGGAUCUCGAAUGACCACUACUAAGUUUUCAUCAGCACAAAUUAACAGCACUUCUGUCACGCAAGUUAAUCUGACAGCUGUUACACAUAGUUAUGUGACACCUGUCACGCAGAGUAAUGCUACAUCUGUCACGCGAUUCAGCAUUCUUCAGAGUAGCAUAUUUGUAGUCACACCUUCCAAGUUUAUUGGAUCGUCGAUAAAAUCUAGAAUUACUUUCUCGGACACAGUGAAAACUUCAUCUAUCACGCAAAUAACUACUUUAAAGUUGAUUCAGAGCAGUAAAACUAGCACUCGAACGCCGGUCAUCACUGAUUCAGGGAUCAGAAUCACGCAAUCGACCGUGGAAAUAGCAGCAUCUUCAAGGAUUCCAACAUUUUCGUCAUCAAGGUUCGAAUCGAUGGCAAAGAAAAGUAGUGUGACCGAUAGUGCCGCCUCACGGAUAGUCAGUAGCGUGACAUCUCUCAUGACAUCAGGUGUGACACUUGAUCGGACGUCUUCUGUUACUAUGCAAACAGAGUUCGCUGUCACGACACUUGUUUCAAAAUCAUCGACAAGGAAAAGUAGCGUGACCGAUACUGCCGGGUCACGGAUAGUGAGUAGCGUGACAUCUCUCAUGACAUCAGGUGUGACACUUGAUCGAACGUCCUCUGUUACUAUGCAAACAGAGUUCGCUGUCGCGACACUUAUUUCAAAAUCAUCGUCAGGAACUCAGAAAAUGUCGUCGGCGAGGUCGAUAGUUAACGUGACAAAAUCCUUGGAUCAGAGCUUUGUGCCACCUUCACGAAGUAUGACCUCAUCUACCUUACGGUCGUCGGUUUUAAGGAGUCUAACAGCCUUUAUAUCUACAAGUAUUUUAACAUCAAGCACCAAAUUCUUGACAGUUGUGACCAAAUCAACCAAAUUAGCAGCCACAUCAUCAUCAUUAUCAUCAUCAUCAACCACUACCACAGAGAAAGGCGCUCUUACAUCAAAGCCCAGCUUAGUUGCUGAGACAAGUACUCCGCACAGAUCUUUUACACUAACGACACUCAAAACAGUAUCCUCGCCAUCCUCUUUAUUAGAUAAAUCUUCCGUUGGAAGCCGCAUUCCGGCUCUCUCGCCUACAGCGGCUUCUUUCUCUUCACGUCCGCUUCCAAGUAGCUCAUCUCUGUCUCCAUCCAACUCGACCCAGACUGCAACACUGCCAGGCACAACUCGGACAAUUAGCGUGUCACCAUCGUCAACCUCUGUUGUCAUACCAACCACUGCCCCGCCCAAUUCACCCCCCGAGGUUAUCAACAACUUGGGCCGGGUGAUAGCCCCCGCAGGUGUGGCAUUACAUUAUACCAUACCCGAAGAUACUUUUUAUGAUCGGGAGGACGGCGCCGACACGCGUAACCUGUCGCUUUCGAUGAAACUUGCGAACGGUUCAUCGAUCCCGGAGGACUUUUGGUUACAGUUUGACAGUGAAAGCCAGACUAUCGACGGAUUACCGCUAGACACGCAUGUACCUGAUGGGAUUAUGGGUCAGGUGCUGGUAGUGUAUGCUCAAGAUAGCCGCGGCGCUGAAGCCUUGGACGCCUUUGAGGUUUUGGUUGUUCCAUCGGAAAAUCCAGUCGUGCAAGAGUUAAACAUCAGAAUUACAAACGAGUUUGUCGAGUUUAGCCGCAACGUAGCUCAGAGGCUUUUACUGUUGAAAAAGAUCGCAUCAUAUUAUGAGGAUGCGGAUGAAUCAAACAUAAGAGUGUUGAGUUUCAAAGCGGGGUCAGUGAUAAUGUCAUGGACGAAUGACUCGUUACCGACAGAGAGAUGCGACGAGGAAAAAUUACAGUACGUUGCGAAUAAGAUACUACUUUCCAAUGGCGAAGUAAGAACGGAAUUUAGGGGGGCUUUAAAAGGCUUUCCAGUGGUGAGUGCGAACGAGGAGCGAAUGGGAGUUUGUAACGGAUCUUACCCCGUCAUAACUAAUGCACCAAUCGACGCAGGCGCACGAACGUCUAGUGAAGAGGGUGACUUGUGGUACAAGCAUGUUCUCGUUGGUGUGCUCAUCGUCCUUAUUUUAAUUGUUCUGGCCGUGCUACUGAUCUGGUACUGUAGGAGACGGAGACCAAAACCUUCUAACGAGAAGCGUACCUUUAAGAAACGCAAACCCAUCAUUCUGGAACCGGAGAUUGAGUUAAAACCAAUUCCUGGGAAACCACUUGUUCUACCGGAUGAUUCCCCGAGUUUCCCGCCAUCAUAUAUUUCGGAAACCUCGCUUGAUAAGCCUGUUUCUUCCGAUGAAGAUGACGAAGAGGAUUAUGGGAAAGGUAGCCCUGGUGUUAGGUACGAGCCUCCCCCGCCUUUUUAUGGAGUCCUCGAUGACGAAGAUCCUCGGAACACUCCUCCGCCGGCCUACCAGCUACCCCCAAUGUUUUGAAGAUUUUAGUUGCCACAUGACACGAGUAAACUGGCGUUUUUUUUAGCAGACUUCUGAAACUAGGCACAAACUUUUGCAGCUAAUUUGCUCUCGUAUCUUGUCCUACCUGCUCUCUAGAACAGAAAAAGGCGCAAAACUACUUCUCUGAGGUACUUCGAGAUAAGGCGGUUAACGGGUCAAAUCUCAAACGUUUGUUGCAGUUAAAGCUGAAUUUAGCGUGGGAAAAAGGACAUCUUAAUUUUUAUUUUAAGGACAACUAUUUUUAAGUUCAAUAACUUAUGAUUUAAAUGUUCAACGAGAGUUCAGUUUUACAUAAAUUUAGGAGAAUUUCUGAGAUCUUUUUUACAAUUGUAAAUUUAUCGUCGAUCCAAAUUUUAUGUUUUCGAAACUUUUAGUCACGACCAGGAUGUUGAAGAUACUAAUCGGUAUUCAAACUGAUACUUCAGUGAAAAAAUGCCAAGUUACUUCUCUUGCUGAGAAUGAAAAUGAGAUGAACCAUGGGCAGUGAAUGUUUUAUUUUGAUAUUUGAACAUUUCAACAAGAACGAAUCUGAAAGAAGUGUAAGCAACACUGAUAAUCUCAUUCUGUAAAUAAUAGCGCCGAAAAUUUUUAGAACUUUGAUGCAGUAGAUAAUAUGUCAAUUUGUACAAAUUUUUGUUCUUAGCUCAUACGGCUGUAAGAUAGCCAGGACUUGAAAAAGAAAUGAAAAUUAGUGAAACCAUCAA